AUAGAAUAUCUUGCAGCCAUUUAGAUACAGCGUGGUUACGAUAAGCGACGGACAUCUAUAAGUUACCAAAAUGAAAGCAGUAGUGUUCGAUGGAAAGAAUCUCUCCCUAAAGUAUGAUGAGAACUACCCUAUGCCCACCAUUCUGAAGGACGAUGACGUGAUCGUGAAAGUGGAGUAUUCGGGCGUUUGUGGCACGGAUCUGCAUAUUAUACAGGGGGAGUUUCCAGCAUCGAAAGAGAGGCCGCUGCCGCUCGGACACGAAUUCAGCGGGGUCGUGCAUCAAGUGGGGAAAGCGUCAAUCUUCAAAGUGGGGCAAAAAGUCGUGGUUGAUCCUAAUCGUGCCUGUAACCUCUGCAACUUCUGUCGCGACGGUAAAUACCAGUACUGCCUGACAGCCGGCAUAAACAGUACUAUCGGCAUCUGGAAGGACGGCGGCUGGGCGCAAUACUGCCGCUGCCCUCAGGAUCAAGUGUACGCGCUGCCCGAUGGAAUCACCACUGAACAAGCGGGUCUCUGCGAGCCAUACUCGUGCGUGUCCCACGGAUUCGACCGCAUCGCCCCGCUGCCUGUGGGGAACAAGAUACUCAUCGUCGGCGCUGGAAUUAUCGGUAACUUAUGGAUAACAACAUUACAUCUUCAGGGGCACCGGGAUGUCACGGUUUCAGAGAUGAACAAAGCCAGGCUGGAUAUAGUUAAGCUAUUGGAUACCGGCUACAGGCUGAUCACACCAGAUGUUCUGGCUGCUGAAAAACAACUUUAUGACGUCAUUAUUGAUUGCACAGGCGUGGGCAAAGUGAUGGAGAUCAGCUUUAACUAUCUCCGGCACGGGGGCAAAUACGUACUGUUUGGAUGCUGCCCUCCCACACAUCAAGCUUCGUUGAACCCAUUCCAAAUUUAUGAUAAGGAGUUGACUAUAAUCGGUGUGAAGAUUAAUCCGUUCAGCUUUCCAAAGGCUCUUGGAUUACUUCGAGCUAUGGGCAGCAGAUACCUCAACUAUGAGAAGUUGGGUGUUAAGACCUACCCUCUCUCCGGAUACCAGGAUGCGCUGAAAGAGUUGAAGGCGGGAACUAUCUCAAAGGCCAUAUUCAAAAUUGUUUGAUACAGUCACCAGUGAUUUUAUAACUGAUUAAGAUUGAAUAAAGUUUCAAUUCGAAA